AACUAACAACGCUUCCAAGCAUCGAGCGGCACAGAAGUGCGAUCUUCACAGCGGCCUACAGCUUAGUGUCGCUCCACUGACAAGCACGCGAAAGUUUGCCAUCGGAAUUGGCAACCCAGCACGAGACCUCGAGACUUCCUACAAACAAUCAGACAAUCAGGCUCUUUCGCCUGAUCACCGCUUCAAGCUGGCGCAGUGAAGAGCCCAUUCACUGCCUUGACUUAGGUGCCACACCCCUUCUAUGCGUCCAGAAGACCUUCUUCGCUGCCUCUGCAAGCCCAAGAAGCCUAGAUAACACGACUCACACCCCUAAGACCACUUUUCCAAGACAAACUGAACUGAGACUAAAACACAAUCAACUGCCUAUCCACUCUCCUCGCCUCCUUCACCCGAUACUUCCGCCGGGUAUCGGUGACCUCAAGAGCAGCAACAACCCAUAGUCGGCACCAUUCCGCCCCGCAAGAGCUCUUUUAUCCCCCUCUCCGCGAGACCUCCCUAACGUCGGCCACGUCGCUCUACCCUCUAGAACACCGCUUGCUGCUGGCGUAAGCCAGCCUCAAUUUCAGAACAGAAGCAGUGCGCCUUCUCUCCUCAGACGAAUCUGAGCCCUUCGCCUAGGCAGCAGAAGACGCACACCCUCAACAAAAGAGCAGCGACUCGCCAGGCCUGAAAAGCCUUGCAAGGACACAACACCUCGAAGCCCACAGCGACGGCCAGAACAUUGCUUGGAGAUGGUCCCUUGUGACAUUCCACCAAACUACACAAAUUCACCAUGUUCUCUAAGUGGAACGCCACAUUGGACAAUCAACAAAGACAUUAGUGCUGUCGAUCUUGACUCCAGCAAUGCCUUCGAAGGACCAGAAAAGUUGCUUGAGGUAUGGUUCACGCCAUCCGAGAAGGCGCUGCCUGCGUCCGCUGCGCCAAACGGAUUGAAGGCGGUCUCGCAGGAUAUAUGGAAGGACAUGCUUGACUUGGUCAACUGCAAGGUUUUGUCAGUUAUUGAGUCCAGCAACGUCGAUGCUUACUUGCUCUCCGAGUCGAGCAUGUUUGUCUUUCCGCACAAACUUGUGCUGAAGACUUGCGGUACUACGACCUUGCUGCGCGGCCUGACUCGUAUGCUUGAGAUCGCCGCUAUCGAGGCUGGAUUCCCACAUAUCAAGGCUAGUCUGCCAGAAGGAACGUCGGCGGCUGCUACUCCAUACCGCGUCUUUUACAGUCGCAAGAAAUUCAACUUGCCCGAUGCUCAAAAGGGAGUCCAUCGUAGCUGGCGCGAUGAAGUCCGUUACCUCGACAAUAUGUUUCUGGGAGGAAGUGCGUACAUGAUUGGAAAGAUGAAUGGGGAGCACUGGUACCUGUACAUUACUGGUCCAGGCACACAGCUCACUCCGCCUGCUACCCCAGAAGAGGAAUGCUUCAAGACACCUACCAAGCAGACUGUCUUAGCAGAGGACGGUCAUCGUAGACCAGAGCAAGAGACUGGCGAUGAGACUUUGGAGAUUCUCAUGACCGACUUGGAAGAGAAGAAUGCUCGGCAAUUCUAUCUUGAAGAUGCGAGCUCAAUUGCCCAGGACAACGCUCGCAAAACACACUUAGCUCGCAAGGAUGCCAUUGCUCAUCUGGGUGUCAUUCAGGAGGGACAUGGCGGCUCGUCCAACCCAAGCAUUGAUGGCAUUACUCUCGUCAAUGGCGGCAAUGACGACUCUAGCUUUGACGUCUUCGCUCAGACGUCUACUGACCAUGCUGAAUUGAGUUCUGACGACGAUGAGCCUCUGACUUUUGGCGAGGAGCUCAGCACUGAAGGUCAUGCUCUAGGCACUGUCGUCACGGAGAACUGUGGCCUAGCCGACGUCUACCCGGUCUCCAAGUACCCAGAUGCCAGCAUCGACUCCUACCUAUUCACUCCUUGUGGAUACUCUGCCAACGGUGUCGUGCCAAUGCCCGGUGAUGCGGAUAGUACCCAUUACUGGACUGUUCACGUCACACCGGAGCCACAAUGCUCAUACGCGAGCUUUGAGACCAACGUUCCAACUCGUCACACCGGUCGCGAUACUGUCGAUGUGGUCCAGCAAGUCGUGGGCAUUUUCAAGCCUGGACGCUUCAGCGUAACGCUGUUCGAAGCUAAGGAGAGUGGAGACGAUGCCUGUGCUAAGAAAGACAGGAGGAUGGACCACGUCAAGGGAUAUCGUCGCGUCGACCGCAUCGUGCACGACCUUGAAGGUUACGAACUCGUCUUUAGGUACUUUGAGAGGCAUGACUGGAAGUCUGGCAGUGUGGCGCCACGACUUGGUGAGAGAUCUCCAUCUCCGUGAGCGUGGUGCGUGGGCAGGGCAAGGGACGUGGGGCUUUAGGGGAGACUGUAACAAGGGCGUUUUCUACGACUCAUUCUUUUGCCAAUAGCGUAAUUAGUCUUCGAGAGCGUAUUUGUUUGGGUGGCGUGCUUCCUGUUAUUAUUCGAUCGGAGCGUGCGUUGCAGAUAAGUUAUCUACGGAG